AGUAAACAUGAAUUAACGCAGUUCUUUUGUUAAAAGGCGUCAGUGUGCACGCGCCGGCUUACAUCAUCCCGCUAUCGUUAAAACUGUUUGCCGAACAAACACCUGAUUAAACAGUUGAUGACGGAUCUCAAUGCAAACUGCAUUCUAGCCCACGCUGUCCGCUGAUCAUACAUUCAUUGCCACGCCUAGGAAGCCACCAACGAGCCAAAACUAUGGAGCGAAACCCACACUGCGAAAGCAAGAGGAUCGGCAGUCCUUUCCAGAAGGAUAAAGAACCAGAUGGGACCGCAAUAGUCCAUGAGGAAGUUCUACAGAAGACAAAUUAUGAUAUACAGAAGGAAAAGAACAAUGAACUUCUACAGAAGAUAAAUAAGAAGACAGCGGAGUACCAGUCGAACAAACCGAGCUCGGGCGUGUUCACAGAAGUAGUGACCCACGGUGCGUUCACUUCCAAAAAGGUGGAAAAGGAGAAAGCAUCGAAAGUAGAAAGUGUACCGACCAAAUACGGGAACGGGUCAAAUUCUAAAUCACUUCUCGGAUACCCAUCAUCAGCUAACGACUUAGCACUAGACGCCAAAUCAGACUUGGAAUCCGAUCCUAAUAUAUCCGAAGAGGUUAAAAAUAAAGUUAUUGAAAAAUUGUUUGCAUUAGUAUCAAUGGUACAACAUGCUUACGAAUCUAAAGUACGAGUGAUGACUGAGUACGAAAAAUUUAAAGAUACGCAUUUGAGGAAUGAAAUCCGUCGAGAGAAGGAACAUUCCGAGCAACUGUAUAAAUUAAACAUGAGCUUUCAGAAUGAAGUCAUACAAGCCGUGCAGCAGUUGAAGAGUGAGCUGGAUAUAUCUAGAAAUGUAACUAAUAAUGUAGAAGAUAAUAAUGUUAAUAAUAUUGAAGAUUCAAUGAGUUUUAAUACAAAUGAUGUUCAAACAACGUUGUUGAGAAUGAACGAUUUCGAUGACGUCACAAAUAAUGAUAGAACGCAACAAAGUGAACAAUCAGUUACCAAAGUCGACGACAAGUCGGAAUAA